CAAGUUCUCCAGCGAGUUGUUUACAUAGCAGGUGGACCUGACGUCAGCCAGGAGGCUCCACUGCAAAUCCGAACAAUAUUCUGCUCCACGUUUCCCCCUCCCUUAAAGAAGUUGGGACCUGGAGAGAGGUGGAUGGGCGCGGCUGGCAUCCUAGCCAGCUGGUUCCAAACCACUUUUUAGAUCAACAACAAUCAACAAUAACAACACAGAGUAAAACCAAACAAACAAGUGGUCCAGCAGUACUUUAGAAUCCUCUGAGGUGUCCCUUCCUUCCCCCACCCCCCACCUCCGAGGAGAGGCUGCUCCGCGCGCAGCGUGUAUACAGUUUGCUUUGCCAACAACAUGCGCGCUCGCGGCCGAGUGCGCGCGCCCGCCAGCGCACACUCACACACAUAGACACACAUACAGACGCACACACAGAUCCGGGUGGGGGGAACGGCAGCGCGAGACAGCGCGAGUCUCCGAGAAAGCGCGAGACACGCCGUCGCGUGCAGCUCCGCGGCGGCCGCUGCCACCCGGCUAGAGCACCGCGCCGUCCGCAGUCAGCCCGCGAGCGCCUGGAGCGGUUAUUGAUGCGGCGGCCGCGUCCGCCGACUGUGGCUGCCUCCGACCCCCCCGGGCGCGCCCCCAACUCGCGGCCGCGGCCGCCAAGACUCGCGCGUAGGUGUGUUGUUGGGGGGCUGCAGCCUCAGCGCCGCGGUGCCACCUCCCGGGACGCUGCCCAGGCGUCCCCGGCCGCGUAAUGUCAUACCAUCCCUUGUCCUUCAUGUCUAUCUCUCAAACAGUUCUGCAACCAGAAGAAAGAUCAAACAAAUAAUAGAAGUCUACUGAAGCUUUGUCCUGAUCUAUUCUGGAAGUAGAAGAAUACCCUGGAGGAAGGAGCAUUGUAAGCACAAAGAAUAAGACUCUUCAGUCCUGGGAGAGAGAAUUAAAGUCUAACCCUCCAAAUAUUAUGGGUCUGUUGCAUAUUGAUUGGACUGUUUAUGUGAAAAUAUGGCUACUCUAAUGUGAUACUGGGACUGAGUUUAUCUUGGACUCCUUAUCAAGGUUGACCUGAAAGUCUUGUGGAAGAUCUGGAAGAAAUAAGUAUUAAGUCAUGAUGCAGGAAUCUGCCACAGAGACAAUAAGCAACAGUUCAAUGAAUCAAAAUGGAAUGAGCACUCUAAGCAGCCAAUUAGACGCUGGCAGUAGAGAUGGAAGAUCAAGUGGUGACACCAGCUCUGAAGUAAGCACAGUGGAACUGCUGCAUCUGCAACAGCAGCAGGCUCUCCAAGCAGCAAGACAACUUCUCUUACAGCAGCAAACAAGUGGAUUGAAAUCUCCUAAGAGCAGUGAUAAACAGAGACCACUGCAGGAAUUGCUUCCAGAAACAAAAUUAUGUGUCUGUGGCCACUCUUCUGGUGAUGGGCAUCCUCACAACACAUUUGCAGUGCCUGUGUCGGUGGCCAUGAUGACGCCCCAGGUGAUCACCCCUCAGCAAAUGCAGCAGAUCCUUCAGCAGCAAGUUCUGUCUCCUCAGCAGCUCCAAGCCCUUCUCCAGCAGCAGCAAGCCGUCAUGCUGCAGCAGUCAAAAUGGUUUAUUCAGCAACAACUACAAGAGUUUUACAAGAAACAGCAAGAGCAGUUACAUCUUCAGCUUUUGCAGCAGCAGCAACAGCAGCAGCAGCAGCAGCAGCAGCAACAGCAGCAGCAACAGCAGCAGCAGCAGCAGCAGCAACAGCAGCAGCAGCAGCAACAGCAACAGCAGCAGCAGCAGCAGCACCCUGGGAAGCAGGCGAAGGAGCAGCAGCAGCUGGCUGCCCAGCAGCUAGUGUUCCAGCAGCAGCUCCUCCAGAUGCAGCAGCUCCAGCAGCAGCAGCACCUGCUCAGCCUGCAGCGCCAAGGACUUAUCUCCAUCCCGCCCGGCCAGGCCACGCUUCCAGUGCAGCCGCUGCCACAAGCUGGCUUAAGUCCUGCUGAGAUUCAGCAGUUAUGGAAAGAAGUGACUGGAGUUCACAGUAUGGAAGAUAAUGGCGUUAAACAUGGAGGGCUAGACCUCACUACUAGCAAUUCCUCCUCGACUACCUCCUCCAGCACUUCCAAAGCAUCACCACCAAUCACCCAUCAUUCCAUAGUGAAUGGACAGUCUUCAGUUCUAAAUGCAAGGCGGGACAGCUCGUCACAUGAGGAGACUGGGGCCUCUCACACUCUGUAUGGCCAUGGAGUUUGCAAAUGGCCAGGCUGUGAAAGCAUUUGUGAAGAUUUUGGACAGUUUUUAAAGCACCUUAACAAUGAACAUGCAUUGGACGACCGAAGCACUGCCCAGUGUCGGGUGCAAAUGCAAGUGGUACAACAAUUAGAAAUACAGCUUUCUAAAGAACGUGAACGGCUUCAAGCAAUGAUGACCCACUUGCACAUGCGACCCUCAGAGCCCAAACCAUCUCCCAAACCUCUAAAUCUGGUGUCUAGUGUCACCAUGUCGAAGAACAUGUUGGAGACAUCCCCACAGAGCUUACCUCAAACCCCUACCACACCAACGGCCCCAGUCACCCCGAUUUCCCAGGGACCCUCAGUAAUCACCCCAGCCAGUGUGCCCAAUGUGGGAGCCAUACGAAGGCGACAUUCAGACAAAUACAACAUUCCCAUGUCAUCAGAGAUUGCCCCAAACUACGAAUUUUAUAAAAAUGCAGAUGUCAGACCUCCAUUUACUUAUGCAACUCUCAUAAGGCAGGCUAUCAUGGAGUCAUCUGACAGGCAGUUAACACUUAAUGAAAUUUACAGCUGGUUUACACGGACAUUUGCUUACUUCAGGCGUAAUGCAGCAACUUGGAAGAAUGCAGUACGUCAUAAUCUUAGCCUGCACAAGUGUUUUGUUCGAGUAGAAAAUGUUAAAGGAGCAGUAUGGACUGUGGAUGAAGUAGAAUACCAGAAGCGAAGGUCACAGAAGAUAACAGGAAGCCCAACCUUAGUAAAAAAUAUACCUACCAGUUUAGGCUAUGGAGCAGCUCUUAAUGCCAGUUUGCAGGCUGCCUUGGCUGAGAGCAGUUUACCUCUGCUAAGUAACCCCGGACUGAUCAAUAACGCAUCCAGUGGCCUACUGCAGGCUGUCCACGAAGACCUCAAUGGUUCCCUGGAUCACAUCGACAGCAAUGGGAACAGCAGUCCAGGCUGCUCACCUCAGCCGCACAUACAUUCAAUCCAUGUGAAGGAAGAGCCGGUGAUUGCAGAAGAUGAAGACUGCCCAAUGUCCUUAGUGACAACAGCUAAUCACAGUCCAGAAUUAGAAGAUGACAGAGAGAUUGAAGAAGAGCCUUUAUCUGAAGAUCUGGAAUGAGAACUGACUUGGGAAACCUCAGUGUGAAGGGACAUAUCACUGACCUUCAUAACCACUCCACAACCAUGAAUAUUUGACAAAUUUUUACUGUGACUAUUUAUUAAGCAUGGAUAAAGGAGACAGCCCUAAAGGAACUCACAAAGCCAGCCCUUUGGGAUUCAGUACCAACAGGCAAAUUGCUUGUUUUCUUCUUUCUCUUUCAUUUUUUUUUUUAGAAAAAAAAGACAAAAACUGAUUUUCUUGGGAAAAAAAAAACCUGCUCUUUCUAUAAUGGCUUUGACCAUUUAAAAAAUGUGGCUCUUAAGGGUUCAUGAAAUGACUGAAUAUGAGGUUACAUGUUCUGUAGAAAGCAAACGCACCUCAUAUACUGCCAAAAAUAGUGUUAGUUUCAUUAAUGUGAAUUUUCCAGCAUUCAGUAGUUGUAAUGUUAGAAACAAUUGCUGGUCAAGUUCAACUUGUUGCUAUUGUUUUUAAUUUGCACAGGAGUAGUAUCAGAAAUUAGUGUCACUGCUUGUAUCUAGCUGAAUUUUAAACAACAGAACAUUAGUUUUUUAUGUUGGUGCCACCAACUGUAAAUGACAUAAGUUAGUUAUUACAAAACACAGUAAUUAGACUGUUGCAACCAUCUAAAACCUUAGGCUUCCAGUCUGUGCUGUUAGUGUUAAGAUGUAAAGUGCAAUCCUAAGCUAACAUUAUCUGUGCAAGCACCAUAGAAACAUUUGCAUAUCUGCAUAGAUCUUACAACUGUACUCUUUACCUCCUUGUGAUAAAGCUUUGUCUACCUGCAAACACAGUCAAAGGCUACAGCUGCAAACCAAAGCCAACUCUAACCAUGGCCAAGAGCUCAAGGACAGAAGCAGCCACAUGCUUUGGUCAGCCUUCUGUAACUUCAAUUAGUACAAAGGAACCUUUUCCAUGAACUACCUGUUGUUUUCUGAUGACCUCUGGGAUCUUUUCAUUUAGCCCUAAACAAAGAAUCAAAUAUGACAGAAACCACAACUAAAAAGUUAUUUCAGUCACAGAGUAAUCUUCUGAGGCCAAAAGUCCAUCUAAAUGCAAUGAAGAUUUGCAUUCAUUAAAGACAGAGGUGAGGACAAAAUCUGCAGUGGACAUUAUGAUAUGCUAGAAAGCAACAAAAGUGGAUCACUGACCAAAACGAUUAUGUACUUGAUGCAAAUGCAGAUUGCAUAUUGUUAUAUAUAUAGUACAUUGUGUUUUUGUUUUCCCCCAUCCAGUCACUUAUUUUUGGUGGUGAAUACAUGUUGUUAGAAGAUGACGUGUACAGUCUGAAUCUUUGUUGUGUACUAUUUUUUAUAGUCUUAACUUAUAAUGAAAAAAACAAAAAGUAGGAACCAAACAUAAAAGGUCUAGUAAAGCCAAAAAUUAAUUUCAUAUUGAUUUUAAAGUGAUCUAGCUGAGUUUUUACACUGAAAGCAAAGAUUAUAGCAAUUGUAGUCCAUGGUAUUUAUUUUCAGUCAAACCAAAGUUACAUAUAAUUCUGCCUCUGCUUAUACGGGAUAUUAUCACUAACAAUAUACACUCCCUUUCAAAGACUUGCACAGGCCAAAUUGUUGGAAUGCUGGUUUUCUUGACAACUCCAAACCCCCAAACUAUGGUAAUGCGUUAUGGUGUAGUGGGAAAUAGCGUAGUCAGAUGUUUGCUUAAAACCUAGAGACUUUACGUGUUG